ACUACAGUUCCCGGCAUGCCUCGCGCGCGCCCCAUCGCCCAUUGGCUGUCGCUACCGGAAGCGGUUCCCUCGUGCCGGGGGCGUGGCGGAAGCCGGAAGCCGGAAGUGCGGCUGGCGCAGGAGCCCAGCAUGGAAGAAUUUAAAGCUGCAAGCCCACUUGAGGAGUCACUGAAUCACCUGAAGCUGUCAGAUCAGAAGGCUCCAGAGACUGCCCCCAGGGAUGGCCAGCACCCCCCGAGCCUGGGCAGGGGCUGUGCCCCCUCCCCAGGCCAGGAUCCCACAGAGGAGUGCUUCCAUGACUGUCACGACUCCUUUGGGGCCAAGGGAGCUGUGCUGGAUGAUGAAGGGAACGCUCAGGAGGACGGGAGUAGCUCCAGGAAGCAGACAGAGCUAGAGGAAGAAUACUUGCUAGAACUAGAGAAAGAUAUGCCAGAGGAGGAGAAACAGAAAAGAAGAAAGGAGAGCACGGGGCUGAAGGAGAAAGGAAACGAGCACUUCAAGAAAGGAGACUAUGGAGAGGCAGAAGAGUCCUACACCAAGGCCCUGCAGAUCUGCCCAGCCUGCUUCCAGAAGGACAGGGCUGUUCUGUUCUCCAACAGAGCUGCUGCAAAAAUGAAACAGGACAAGACAGAGGCUGCCCUGAGUGACUGCACCAAAGCUGUGGAAUUAGACCCUCACUAUGUCAGAGCUUUGCUGAGGAGAGCAGAACUCUAUGAAAAAACAGAAAAAUUAGAUGAAGCUCUGGAAGAUUAUAAGGCAGUCCUAGAAAAAGACCCCUCAGUUCAUCAAGCCAGAGAAGCUUGCAUGAGAUUACCACAGCAAAUUGAGGAGAGGAAUGAAAAAUUAAAGAAAGAAAUGUUGGGCAAACUGAAGGAUCUGGGCAAUUUGGUGCUGCGUCCCUUUGGCCUGUCAACAGAGAACUUCCAGGUCAAACAGGAUUCAUCAACUGGCUCCUACUCCAUCAACUUUGUUCAAAACCCCAACAACAACAGAUAACAUGGAUUCAGUGUGGCUCUGACAUCCCGUGCCAGGAUCCAGCAAACCAACACCCUCCACCCCCAGGGCAACAGGAGACUCAGCAAACUCAUUUCCCAGCUUGUGAAAUUAUUUGCAAUGUGGAUGUAAAGCAACUCAUUCAACGUCUCAUAGUGAUAACUGUGUCCAGUGUGUGAUUUAUUCUUUUUUUUAUUUAUUUUUCCCCUUCCCUUGCGGUGUUUGGCUUUUCCAAGAGGCAGUUCCUUGGUUUGGCCCACUCGGUGCUGGCAGCAGCAGCUCAGGGGAGCCCAAAGGCUGGGACAGAGGCUGGUGGUGUCCUGGGGAUGGGGAGAUGCAGCAGCAGCACUGGCCCACCCUCAGCUGGGUGGGACUGGCCCCUGGACACAGCUCUGCCCUGGAACCACGGAUCUUCCAAUAAAGGCUUGGUACUUCUGCUCUGGGCCUUGUGAGGUUCUUGCCUGGGCUGAGCCCUCCCCCAGGGGGGUUUGGUGAUGAAGGUCCCACAAACAACACCUGGCAGGACACUCAUAGGAAGCAGGGGGGUUUUUGGCCCUGCUUGCAGCAGUGCUGUCAUUUAACUUCAUGCCACCCUUCCAGCAGUUUGCUUACUGGGUAUUAAUUUUUCUGAAGGCAGCAAUGACAUUUUGUGCCUCCCUCUCCAUCUGCACACCUUGUAAAGGUACCUCCAAAUGAAAUGUGCUUGUCUGGGAUCCAUUCAUGUUGCAGGGAUGCACAGGAGUUGAUUGCAGAAGGUCUCCACAGUAACUGGACCUUGAGGACUUGGAAGUGUUUCUAGAACGAGAUGACCUCUGAGGUCCCUUCCAGCCCAAACCAGGGCAUGAUAUAAAUAUAAAUAAUAUAAAUAUAAGUACAUAUGUAUAUAUAAUUAUAUAUUCUGUUGUGGUGGUUCAUUCAGAUUUUGGAGAAGGUGCCUUUUGUAAUUCCUGCUUUCCUGGGGUUUGUCAGUGCUCAAGUGCUUACAUUGGAGGCAGAUUCUGCAGUUAUCUCCAUGCAGAUUUCAGUACAUGAUUUAAUUAAAUAAUUAGCAGUGGCUGCCUUGGCUA